AUGUCGCCUCCCAGAAAUCUGAAGGAAGCUCAACGCCUUACGGGACGAAUAAUCGCGCUGUCCAGAUUCAUCUUGAAGACCACCGACCAGAGCUUGCCCUUUUUUAAGAUUCUACGCCGAGCCACUAAGUUCCAAUGGGACGCAGAGUGCGACAAAGCCUUUGAAGAGCUCAAAGUAUACCUCAAUUCCUUACCUGUGUUAGCCAAGUCGGUCGUCGGGGAAGCCCUUAGGGUUUACUUGUCCUCGACUGAAUAUGUCGUCGGGUCGGCUCUUGUGAGGUCGAACGGUGAAGAACAGCUUGUGUACUUCUUAAGCCACAUACUAAAGGAUGCUGAGUCCCGCUACACUGGUCUCAAGAAGUUAGCCUUUGCGCUGGUACUCGCAGCUCGUAGGCUCCGCCCUUAUUUUCUGGCGCACCCGAUCGUUGUGAUGACGAACAGUCCCCUGGGGAGGCUGGAUUAUCGAGUGACAAAUAAUGAAGCAAAGUAUGAGGCGUUGAUAGCGGGCCUGCAAGCCGCUCGGCAUGUGGUAGCCAGCAAGGUCUUUAUUCAUUCAGAUUCACAGUUGGCUGCUCAGCAACUCUCGGGAGCAUUCGAGAUAAGCAACGUCAGGCUCAAGCUUUAUGCGGGAGCCUUCGAAAAAUUGAAGUCAAUCGAGCUGGUAUCUCUGGUCGUCCACAUCGACCGGAUGGAGGGGCUCACAUUCCCAAAUGACUGGCGGACGGCUAUAGCAGAAUUUCUUAAGUCAGGAGGAGAGCUGGUCGGUUCGUCCUCAUUGGCGACCAGCUCUACAAAAAAGCGUUCUCCAGGCCUCUGCUCAAAUGUGUUGGUCCGGAGGAUGUGGACUAUAUUCUGCAAGAGGUAUACCAAGGCUCAUGCGGCAGGCAUCCAAGCGGAGGACGCCACUCGGACAGUCGCCAUGUGCUUAUCUUGCCAGAAAUACCAUAAUUUCUCACAUCGUCCCACAGAGGAGUUAAAGACAUCCACAGUGUCCUGCCCUUUCGAUCAAUGGGGCAUGGACAUUGUAGGAUCAUUUCCAAUGGCGAUCGGACAACGGAAGUUUUUACUAGUAGUGGUAGACUAUUUCUCAAAGUGGGUGGAAGCCAAGCCGCUCGCGAAAAUAACUGAGCAGAUGGUCAAGAAGUUCAUCUGGCAGCACAUAAUAUGCCAGUUCGGCAUUCCACGAUGGCUCAUGUCCGACAAUGGGAGGCAAUUCAUCGGACAGCAGCUUAGAGAAUGGUGCGAGGGGUAUGGCAUUUAG